GGAGUGGUGUCCCAAUCUCUCUCACGUUGCCAACGUUCAGCGGGGCCCUUCUCUUCCAAAUCUGACGAUCUCUUUCACUCUCUGUUUCACCUCUCAUCCCUUCCUCCAUUGCUCUUCCGUUUUUGGUCCUCUCUCUCUCUCUCUCUCUCUCUCUCUCUCUCGAGUUCCUAGGGCUUGGAUCGCACCCAUUGGAUCCUCUCCGAUUCGAUUCAACAGUUCAGCAAAAUGAAUGACGCAGAUGUUUCCAAGCAGAUCCAGCAGAUGGUCAGGUUCAUCCGCCAGGAAGCGGAGGAAAAGGCCAACGAGAUCUCCGUCUCUGCUGAAGAAGAAUUCAAUAUUGAAAAGCUGCAGCUGGUUGAGGCAGAGAAGAAGAAGAUCAGGCAAGAGUACGAGAAGAAGGAGAAGCAAGUUGAAAUUCGGAAGAAGAUCGAGUACUCCAUGCAGCUCAAUGCUUCUCGGAUCAAAGUUCUGCAAGCUCAGGAUGAUGUAGUAAACGAUAUGAAAGAGGCAGCGUCAAAGGAACUUCUGAAUGUAAGCCAAAAUGAACAUGUCUACAAAAAUCUUUUGAAGGAUCUCAUUGUUCAGAGCUUGCUUCGACUAAAAGAGCCAGCUGUUUUAUUGCGAUGCCGCAAAAGUGACGUUCAUUUGGUGGAGUCUGUGCUGGGUUCAGCAGCUGUUGAGUAUGCAGAGAAAGCAAACGUUCAUGAGCCAGAGAUCAUUGUUGACCAUGUCCAUCUUCCACCUGGUCCAAGCCAUCACCAUCAUCACGAUCCUUUUUGCUCUGGGGGUGUGGUAUUGGCAUCUCGAGAUGGGAAGAUUGUCUGUGAGAACACCCUUGAUGCUAGACUGGAUGUUGUGUUCCGUAAAAAACUUCCAGAGAUCCGAAAAAGCCUUUUCAGUCAAGUUGCUGCAUGAUGGACUGGAUUCUUCAUCUCUAUCAUGGUGCUUCCUGUGAAAUAAUUUAUGAGUCCAAAUUUGGUCUUUGAUGCAAAUUUUAUGUUCCAAAUGUCACGUAUUCAAUAAGUAUUACAUUCUUUGAUUUUCUUUAUCUGAUAGUUACAAUGUUCUUGGUUUGAGCUCUACGGGGAGGUAGGUGCCCCUAUCGUCUCGAUAGUAUCUCCGGUAUCAAUAAUAUUCCAGCUUGAUAAAUUGGUUUCCAUCUUCAAGUUGGGAUAACCUUUUAAGUAUAUUUUUGUGUGCACAUCUUACAGACCAUCGUCCUUAUAUAAUGUUAAUGUGACAUUUCUCUUCUCAA